ACGAAAUCUCACUGGAUGUGAAGGAGUGACGCAAUUCUGGGAAAGGUCGCAUUAGCCGCCAUCUUGUGCAAGAGACAGCUGCGUUUAGGAAAAUUAUUGUGAUUUUAAGUGUUUUUUUACGGUGAUGUGACUACCCUAGCACCACACUUUUAUCCAUAAGGAUGUCGGUGCAUUACAAAUUUAAGUCAGCUGUCGAGUAUGACACGCUGCCAGUGGAUGGAGUCCAUAUCAGCCUGGGGGACCUCAAAGAGGCCAUUAUCCAACAGAAGAGGCUGGGAAGAGGACAGCCAUAUGAUCUACAGAUCACCAAUGCAGAGACCAAGGAAGUUUACACAGAUGAGAAGACGCUCAUCCCAAAGAAUUCAUCGCUGAUAGUUGCAAGAGUGCCCAUCGAUCCUGCACUCAUGAAGAAGCCAUGGGAGAACAAGGAACCUACAGCCCUGCUACUAUCCAACCCUUCAAACCUGAUGAACACAGAAGAUGCUGCUGAAGCUGCCGAAAUAGACAGAAAGAUCAAGGAGGUCACAGAUCUAACACGUAUGGACGGCAGUGAAGAUGACAAGAUUAAUGCAAGUGCGCAGUCAACAAUGGCAUAUCAUCCAUCAAAAUAUGUAAAACUUCGUGUCAGCAAGAAGGGUCAGGUGCCGUUAGAUUAUAAAUGCUUCAAGUGCCAUCAGGGUGGACACUGGGUGAAUAUGUGUCCACUUAGUCAUCAAGACUUGCGGAAGAGUACUGGCAUUCCGUCCAAAUUCCUGGUUGAGGUCAAUGACCCUAAUGCACCUGGUGUUAUGAUCAAUGCUUCAGGGAAAUUUGUGCGCCUCAUGGAUAUGGACAAUAGUACAGAAAACACAGAACAGAUGAUGCCUCCCACCAACCGACCUCCACCGCCGCCAGAAAUCCUUUGUAAUUUAUGCAAGGAGGUCUUGAGGGAUGCUGUCUUAAUCCCUUGCUGUGCUAAUGCAUUCUGUGAUGACUGUAUCCGUAACAUCUCCUGGAAUCAGAAGAACAUGAAUGUCCUUCAUGCCAGAAAGAGGGUGUUGGUCCAGACACACUUAUUCCCAAUCUUACUUCGAGUGAAAGCCUUACAUUAUCAGAAUGGAUGGUUCAUAACAGAUAAAAAAUUGGACCGACAGUCAGGUGCAACAGAACCUUUAUGUCCCAUCCCACCUUACAUGCUUCCUAAACUCAAUACACCAACACCCCCAAGAAGUCCUGCUGCCCCUGCCAGUCCCUUGGAGCCUAAGAUCACUGAAAAUGUGUCAUCCACAUCAACUCCACCAGUCAGCCCACUACGGCCAAAGAGUGCUGAUGGGAUAAUGGAAAAUGGAGGAGCUGAUUCAGAUAAGGAAAAUCGAGAAGAGUCUUUGAGAAUGGAGCCAUCUCCUGAGCCAGAGACUCAGUUGGAUGAAAAUGGAGACAUUCUCACAGGAGUCAAGAUGGGAAGUCCUCAGAUGAGAGAGUGCCUGAGCGAGAGAUGAUUCAUGAUGCAAGGAAUAGUUCCAAGGAUGGAGAUAUGAUUGGGGAAGGUGAUGAUCUCUGGGCCAUUAGUGGUCCACAGACUGACAUCCAGUGUUGAGAAGGAAACUGAUACCUCCGGGGGUUUAUAUGACAAUAUUGUUCCAUCAUUCAACCCCCUUGUUCCUCCUCCAGGUGGCUUCAUACAGUCCCCACCAAAGGAUCCAUUCUACCCUGUCCCACCUGCAACAUAUACAACCACAGAGUACCUCCUCCAGCCAUUGUGACAAACCCUCCAGGCUAUCCAAGUCACGUUCCUCCCUUCAGGGAAAUGGAAGUUAUUGACGACCCUCUUGCAGCCUUUGAAAGACAUCUUAGGGAGAAAGAUGCACGGAAAUAUCGCAUGAGCAGAUCAAGAUCCCGUUCAAGAACACCACCCCGUUAUAGGCCAAGGUCACCACGUCAGCGUUCUUGGUCCAGGUCACGGUCCCGUUCUAGGUCAAGAAGUCGUCUUGGUGUUGGGUCUGGGAGGUCUCCGAGGUCGCCUGGCAGACGCAGAUGGAGCAGAACUCCACCCCGCAGACCCAUGUCAUAUCGGUCUCCACGGUCACCAUCAUUUACCAAAGAGAGAUCAGUAUCAAAUCAGUCAUUAACUUUGAGCAGGACUCCAAGUCCAAGUCGCAGAAUGAAGUCUUCUCCCCUCCAAGUGCGACCUCUGUUGCCUGACUCAAGGUCACCAGCCAGGGCAGCAUUAGAUUAUGGGAGCAGGAAUGAAUAUGAUCAUUAUGCUGGUAGUGGACAUGUGAUGCCAGGGGAGGAAUACCACCCAUACCAUGGAAAUACAGCUCAUUGGGAUCCUCAGAAUAGAUAUGAUCAUCCGGGUCAUGAUGCUUUCAAUCCAGAGUACCACAACAUGAGAGGUCAAGGGAACAGAGGGCGUCGUGGUCGUGGAGGAUUCAGGCAAGGAGAUGACUACAGCUUCGACCAGCGCACUCAGGACACAAGGCAUCCCUAUGAUCGUCAUCAGCAACCCCAUGAUGACCGGCGAGGCUUAUUAGCUGCUUCAGCAUGGGAAAGAGAUGAUGUGCGAAGGGGAUAUGAUAUGGAGAUGGGGAGAAAUGAUAGAGGUGGGAGACGGUACGGAGAUGUACGAGAUCCAGCUAGAGAAUUUGAUGAUGUGAGGUCAAGGAGGGAAAGGGAUGUCAUAGACAGAAGGCAUGAAGAUGAUAUAGGCCGGAAACUGUAUGAUGAGGAUGAGUGGAGAAGAUAUCCAGAGGAAAAUAGGAAGAGAUUCGAGGAGGAGGAGGAAAGACGGAGAUACCCAGAUGGCAGGAGAGGUCAUGUGGAUGACCAUGAUGAUGCCAGGAGACCACCAGAAAUUGACAGAUAUGAAGAUCACAAAAGGUUCCCAAGGAAAGAUGGAGAUGUGCGUAGAGAUCCAGACAGUAUUAGGAAGGAUGGAGAGGAGGGCAAGCACAGUGGUCGUCAUGACUCAAAAAGGCUGGAGGAGCGUGAUGCUAAACUGAAGCCUAGUUCAAGGCAUAGAGAAGCUCCUGGGCAGAGAAUCACCCCCAACCAAGAUGAUGCAAGAGCUUACAGGAGUAGAUCACGCGACCCACUACAAAGUAAGAGUCACAGAAAGUCACCAGGCAGAGACAGAAGACAGAAAAGACAAAGAUAUUGAUAGAAAAGACAGGGAGUUUGAUAGGAAGGAUAGAGAUAGUGAUAAAAAGGAUAGAGAUAUGGAUAGAAAAGAUACCUAUAAGAGGGACAGGGAAGACCGAAGAGAUAGAGAUGUAGAGAGGAGAUCAAGAGACAAAGACAGGAGAGACAGGGAUAGUGAAAGGAAGGACAAAGAUAGUGAUAAAAGGGAAAGAGAUUCACAAAAGAGGGACAGAGAUACUGACAGGAAGGAUGAUCGAUCAGGCAGAGAUGACAGCAGAAGAGAUAGAGAUGGAAGGAGAGAUCGAGAGAUGGAAAGGACUGGCAGAACAUCAAGGUGGGACAGAAGUGAUGCCAAGCCUGAAAAGGAAAAAGAUUUUGAAAGAGGCAGAUUAGAUCGGGAGAAGAGUAAGUCACUGGAGAAAGAGGAAAUGAGAGCACAUGCUUCUGAUGAGAGAGAUGAAAGGAAGAAGAACAAAAAUAGGGAUGAGGAACUGGAUAGUAAGGAAAAGGAUGAAAGAGAUGCAGAAGGCAUGACUAAAGCUGGAGAGGGAUGAAAAUCCAACAGAAGACAAUGUAGAAAAGGCAUCCUAUGUAGAAGCUGAACUACCAAAUGAACAACCAAAUGAUGUAGAUGAAAUCUCUGUCACUGAGAAGGAUUCAAAUGAAAUACCCUCUCAGGAGAUGACUCCUGAGGCUGAAAGUGCUCCAGGAGAAGAAGUUGCCACACCUCUUCCUCUUCCACAGUUAUCAAAGUGGGAAAGAGAUGAAGAUCUCUCCCUGACACCAAAAGGAUUAGUUGAGAACAAAGCACCAGAGGAGGAGAGGAAAGUCACCGUUGACAUCCUAAAGCGUGCAGAAAAUGCCAUUUUCUCAGGUAGAGGGUUAACAACACGUAAAGUAUAUCUUGAUACACAAAAGCAGAAAGAAGUUGAAGAGAGAAGCCCAACUCCGGAGUGGGAUCGCCUGGAAUUAAGAGAGGCCAAAAGGAGAGGUCCAUCCAUCCAGAUCACAAUAUCCUCAAAAACAGAAUCCCAAAUUGGCCGACCCAGGAGUGGUAGAUCUCUUCCCUCAAGUCCUGAGCGUCCUGAAGACAGAAAGUACAAUUUAAAGUCAAAGAGAGGUGCAGAAGUAGAUAUCAAACAGGAUAGACACUCUUCAAGAUCUGGAAGAAGGUCCCCUAGUCCUCAUGAACAACAUGGUUCUUCCAGAAGCCGUAGGAGGAGUGAAAGGGAAGACCGACAUAGUAUUGGUGAAGAGAAAAGUAACCUUUCAAGUCAAAUUGAUGAAGGAACAAAGAGACUGAAAGAUUCAUCUCCUGUAUCUGACCAUAAUUUGACCAGCAAUACUUAUUGUGAAAAUAAUGAGAUAAAUCAAAUUCCAAAGGAAGGUGAUGAGGCUCUUAAGGAAAAUCCUGAAAAUAAUGUUAAAGGUGUAAAGAGAACUUUAUCAUCAGGAGAAGAUUCAGAGCUUAAAAGAAUAAAAUUUGAAGGUAGUGGCUCAGUAGAGGAGCCUGAUGGGGAAAAUACAGUACAAACAAAUAGCUCAACAGCAGCAGAUACUCUGUCACACAUUGAGACUGCAGGAGUUCAAGGUGAAAAUGAUACAGAAGAGCAGACUUACAGGGAGAAAAGUCAAGAUGUUUCAGAGGAACCUGCUGUCAGUCUGCCAGCAGAGAAAGAGGAACUUGAAGAGGGUGAAAUUGAAACAGAAACCCCAGAAGGGUUAAUUCCUGCUGAGAUGGCUAUACCUUCAACUGCUCAUGCUCCCACUGCUUCAUUGUCUCCUUCUCUUGGUCGGGUUAUAAACCCCGGGCUUACUUAUCCCUCCCUUAAGCUUUCAGAACCUUAUUCUCGUUCCCCAUCUCAUUCCCCAGAGCAGAGUCCUGCUCACUCACGACAUGAAAAUGAAAGUCUUCAGCAAGAAGUAGAAAGAAAACACCGUUACUCACCUAUCCGUGUUCCUACCCCAGUUACACAGAAAACUGCUGCAGAAGAUGUUAGACUAAGAGACAAAUCUAAGAAAAGAAAAAAGCGAAAGCGUGACUCCAGUUCAAGUUCAAGUAAUAGUAGUUCUUCGAGCAGUAGCAGCAGCAGUGAUGAUGAGGAGGUUC